GGCUCUCGAUAAUGACAGACGAGGAGGCUGCCAGAGAGCACCGACAACGGACUUGGCGGUAGUUCGAAGGCUCACACGUUCUGCGGGUCCCUUCUCAUCAGAAGCGAGGUGAUGAGGGUCCAAGACACAUGUCAUUAAAUUGUUGCCCAGAUCAAAGAUUUCAGUCAAAGCAAAAUGAGCAGCACAUUCAAGUUGGAGCAACUCUUUAACCAGUGUGACACACGUGGAACAGGCUUCAUUGACCAGAAAGAGUUCCGGGAUCUGUGCCGAGGCUUUGACAUCGAUAACAACGACGCAGACAUCAUCUUCUAUGACCUGGACCACGAUGGAGAUGGUAAGAUCAGCUUCGAGGACUUUGCAUUCGGAUUCAGGGACUUUGUCACCCCUGGGGCUCGACGGGGUAGCAUUCAAUUGGGCUUGGAAUCGCCUGGAACCAAUAAGAAGGUGCAAGCCUUUGAGAAUGGCCAACCAAUUGGAUACCUUGAAACCUUAGAUGUUGAAGGGAGACGGAAACAAAUGCAAAUGGAACGAAAACACUCGGAUGCCCAAGCAGCUUGGCGCAACUUUGCCGAUCACUUGGGACAAGAUGAUAUUAAAAAGUUUCUCGGUGUGAGCAGUGACAAGAUAUUCACACUAUAUGAAGAAUUACAAGCCAGUGACACACCCCCACAUCUCGUUUCUCAAUUCGAGGAUGUCAUCUCGGCCUUGAUGGCCGAUGUCAAAAACAUGGAAACCGAAACGAAGAAAAUGGAGGAAAAAAUGUCGAGAGAACGAGAAAGCCAUACAGCCCAUUUGAAAAACAUCGAGGCUGAAUUGGAUGCCCAAGUUGCGAGGGUGGAAAAUGCAGCGCGAGAAAAAGCCCGACGAGACCACGAGAAUGAGAAGCGCGAAAUUCAGGAGAAAAUGGAAGUCGAGAUGGCCCAACUUCAAUCGCAACUCAAGAUAUUUCAAAAGAUUGAUUCUUAUCUGACUACCGAGAGCAAAGAAGCGAAUACCAAGGAAGCGCAACAAAAGCUGAAUAGAGCCAUUUCUGAGAACCGCUCAUUAAAAAAUAAUCUCUCGGAUACCCAAACGAACAUUGCUCUUCUACGUUCGGAACUAAAUCAAAUGAGAAGCCAAUACGACGCCAAAUGUUACGAGCUCAACGAGGAACGAGAAACGAAAGUGGAAGUUUUGUACGAGUUCGAUAACUUAAACCGUCAACUUGAUCUUCUAAGAGACGCCAAUCAUAAACUCCAAGAUACUAACGAUGGCCUCCGGAGUGUUGUGGAUGUGACCAGUCUCAAUUCUCCACGGGUUUGCAGUCGAAACGAUCUCACCAAUCUUUUUAGUAGUGACCUGCUUCGAAAUCCCUCGGAUUCGGAUUUUUCAGACAAGAUUCACACUCAACCAUUAAAACGACGCAAAAGAAGAGUGUAUCAAGGAAGUGGUGCCCAUGGGGGAGCAGGGAGCCGAUCGCCCUCGGACCGAGGCAGCUUGUAUGACUCAGAUUCCUUGCGUUCCAAAUGUUCCACCGAGAGUCGGCCUCGCAUCUCGGAUAUUCAGUUUGGAAUCAGGAGACUCUUGGAUGAUCUAGAUGAUAGUGGCCACUCGACUGUGCCCAAUGACGAUUUGGAAUACGAAACCCGUGAGGCAUUGAUGCAAUUGGAGAGUGCCACUAGAGAAGAGGACAUUUCACCAGGGGAAACGCCUCAAGGAUCACUUCGAAGAAAACGUCAAUUUGAACAAGACCGGGAUGUUAGCGAGGUCAGUGAUGCCGAAGAGCCGACUCCUGUCCAAAGUUCCAACGGACAAGGUCAAAAUGGAGUGGGCGUGACACAAAACGGGAGGGUUUCGGUGGAGGAUCAAUCCUUAACUGAUCAUAGCGUUAUGAGAAAGCAAUCAGAUCCAAGGCCAGUGGCUGGUUUAAGCUCACCGCUCGUAGCCGUUUCCCUGAGAGAUCUUGAGCCCACGGGUCCACCAGAUCGCACUUACAAAGUGGUCUUUGCGGGAGAUGCGGCAGUUGGUAAGACCAGCUUCAUUAAUCGCCUCACAAAAGGUGUCUUCCUGUCCAACUUGAGUUCCACGUUGGGAGUGGAUUUCCAAGUCAAGACAAUCCGAGUGGAUGAGCGGAAUAUCGCCAUUCAAUUGUGGGACACGGCAGGGCAAGAACGAUUUCGCUCGGUGACCCGAAGCUACUUUCGACGAGCAGAUGGGGUUAUGCUUUUGUAUGACGUGACAAGUGACAGAUCGUUCAUGUCAGUGAGGCAAUGGAUUGACGCCGUGGACGACGUGUCUGAGAAGAGAAUUCCAAUCAUGCUCUGUGCCAAUAAAACCGAUUUGCGGGCAGAAGUGAACGCAAGUGGUCGAAGGUGUGUGACCCAUGCCGAAGGUGAACGCAUGGCUCGCGAUCACAGUGCGAUUUUCAUUGAAACAAGCGCCAAAGACGGUCAAAAUGUCUUGGACGCCUUGGUUCAAUUGUCAAGAGACAUGUGUGCCACUGAAGAUGUCGAGGUUCAGACUUCAGCCUUGAAAAUCCGGGACGAGGGCAAAAAGAAGAGUUGCUGCCGAUGAAAGAAGAGCAAAUAACAAUACAGAUUGUUUUCGGUUGAAUUCGUACUUUACGAUCCUGUACAGAAUGUCUAUUUAUUUUGAAUCCUUUUUUUUAAUAUAAGACAUAUUGUGACCUUG